UUCUAAUAAACAAAUAUAAUAUUUUGAAAAAUGUAUAAAACAAAAAACAAAAAUUAAUUGUUAUUAAAGAAAAAAAAUAUGUAAAUAACAAUAAUGCAAUGAUGACAAAUGCACUAUCGGUUUGAUGAUUAAUAUAACAACCAUGUAUGAAAAAUAAUCAUAUAAUAAUUUUUUAUUUGCUACUUAAAAAAAAGUAGUAGCAUUCAUCAAACACAUCAAGUACGUAUUAUUUUAUUGGGGCAUGAAAUAAAAUUUACUAAUAAAAACAAAGCUAAUAAUAAUAUUUUUGAAUAUAUUAUAUUGAAAAAAAAACUUAAUCCAAUGAUAACGAUUAAUGAUACGGCAAAAAAAUAUUUUGUUAUCAACGACAUUUAUGACAGACACUUUUAAAAACAAUAAAAACAGACAAUGUCAAUAUUAUUAUCAUGAAUUAUUUAUAAAUUUCCAGAUCAUAAUAUUUAUAAUCAUACAACGACAAGAUAAAUUUAUCAGUAAUGUCAUGAACAGACAAAGAAUUCAUCUACAUAUACAUAUAAAAUUUAUGAUAAAAAAAAGGAAAAUCAAUUUUAUGAAAAUUUGUAGUUAUUAAAAUAUGCGUUAAAUAAUUAAAUUAGUUGGCUAUUAUUUAACAUCAAAUAAAUUAUGAUAUUUAAAUGUAAUUCAUUUUUUAAUUCAAAAAAUAAUAAAUCAUUGAAACGAUGAUUUAUAAACACAUGUAUGAUUAAAUAAAUUUUGUUAUUAAUUUACAAAGAAAUAUGAUAAUGAAGAAAGAAAAUAAAAAUCUCAUCUGAUAAUCUUGCAUUGUUGGAUUAAAUAUGUCAUUCGUCGGGUGAAUGAUAUUAAAGUCGAAAUGUUUAUAAAUUAUUUGGAGAUAAAUACAUUGUAUCAUUAAAGCUUGGAUCGAGACAGCAACAAGUAGUGUAAAUUUACUUUGAAAGAGAAGAAUAUAUUAUUUUAAAAUGAGCUUCAGCAGUGUUGAAAUAUUUAUUGGUGUUGUGUCAAUAAUAAUUGGUAUAUAUUAUUAUUUAACUGCAAAUUUUAAUUUUUGGAAAAUACGUGGUGUACCAGGACCAAAACCUAUACCAGUUGUUGGAAAUAUAUAUGAUUUAUUAUCGUUAAAAUAUUCAAUUGGUUGUUAUCUUAAAAAUAUUUAUGACAAUAAUUAUUGGCGCAAUGAAAAAUUCGUUGGAAUAUUUACAACAAGUGAACCAGUAUUAAUAAUAAAAGAUUUAGAUUUAAUUAAGACAGUUUUAAUUAAAGAUUUUAAUUGUUUUACCGAUCGUGGUGUUGAAUUUAAUGAAACAUUUGAGCCACUUAAUGCUCAUUUAUUUAGCUUGGAAUCAAAACGUUGGAGACCAUUGAGAACAAAAUUAACACCAGUCUUUACAUCUGGUAAAUUACGAGAAAUGUUUUAUUUAUUAAAUGAAUGUGGUGAUCAAUUGAAUGAUUAUUUAAAUAAAUUUAAUGGUGAAAUUGUUGAUAUGCGUGAAAUAUCAGCUCGAUUUACAACUGAUGUAAUUGGUGUGUGCGCAUUUGGAUUACAAGCAAAUUCACUUGCUGAUGAUGACAGUGUUUUUCGUGAAAUGGGAAAAAGAAUAUUUAGUUUUGAUUUUAAAGCAAUGAUGAGACAUAGGCUUCGUCGUUUUGCUCCAUUUUUGUAUAACUAUUUUGGUAAAUAUUUCACUGAUAACGUUCUUAAUGAUUUUUUUGUUAAUCUAACCGUCGACACGAUGAAUUAUAGAAAAGAUAAUAAUAUUAUUAGACAUGAUUUUAUUGAUUUAUUAAAAACACUAAGAGAUGAACCAAGUAAAAUUGGUGAUAUUGAAUUGACCGAUACAAUUUUAGCUGCUCAGCUAUUUGUAUUUUUCAUUGCUGGAUUUGAAACGAGUUCUUCAACAAUGAGUAAUUGCUUAUUUGAACUUGGUAUGAAUCAUCAACUUCGUGAUAAAUUACGCCGAGAGAUAAAAAAUGAAUUGGAUAAUGCAGAUGGUAAAAUAACAUAUGAAGGAAUUAAAAAUAUGAAAUAUCUUGAUAAAAUAAUUAAAGAAACAUUAAGAAAAUAUCCACCAGUUACAACGUUGAUGAGAAAAUCAACAGCUCCAUAUACACUGGCUGAUACCAAUGUUACAAUUCCAACUGGUACUAAAAUUUGGAUACCAAUAUAUGCAAUACAACGUGAUCCAACAUAUUUUCCAAAUCCAAAUGAAUUUGAUCCAGAAAGAUUUAAUGAUGAAGCUAUUAAAAGUCGUCAUCCAAUGUCUUUUCUAAGUUUUGGAGAUGGACCGAGGAAUUGUAUCGGUGCAAGAUUUGGAUCGAUGCAAACUAAAGUUGGAAUUAUCAAAAUACUUGAAAAAUACACAGUUGAUAUUUGCGAUAAAACUGAUAAAGAUUUUAAAAUAAAUCCUCGUGGACUUUUAUUAACACCACAAAAUGGAAUUUAUCUUAAAAUAACAAAAACACCAAUUGUAUAAUU